AUGAGCGAGUCUGUGCCCUUUGUAUCGACACCCACACAUCCUCCCGCCCAAGGCUCACUUAUGCAUUGGGCGCAAUCGCGGCUCAACUCGAUCUAUGAUGAAGCUGCCGAGGUAGACGCCCGGAAGGUCGGAGGAAGCACAGCGGAUGUGUCCGACGCAUUCGACUAUGCCUUUGCUAAGGGCGCGCACAUCAUGCUCAACAUGAGGCCCUCGAACGUGGAUCGACUGCGAGCGCGGAUGCGGAAGCAGCGGGGAGACGCGACUAGGAUGGUGCAGGAGUGGUAUGGAUCACUUGAGGUCGUUGAUGAGGGCUGCGCGGAAGAGCGACCAACGGGGCUGUUCACUGGUUUUCGGCACGUAACGCGUGUGUACGAAGAGAGGGAAGGGUAUACGCCCGUCGUACAUCAGCUCUGGUCCACGGUACAGAUCAGGGUGGCCGAGAACCCAAGUGAGCGCCACCAGGGCGUGAGCCGCAAAGAGGACUCGCGGAGGAUUGUCGAGUUCUGGGAAACGGAAAUUGACACGCAAGAAAUGGCGGAGCGGUCGGGUAUGGGAAUGAAGGACGCGGAGGGCCAAAAGAACACUUGA